UAAUAACAAUCCUCCCUGUUCCAAUCAAAUGGGACUGAUAGCAGUGGCGAGGGGAUCCCGCUAGGUGAAAAGUAUGGUUACAAUUUCCAUGUCACCAAACUAGUUUUUACAACAAGAUUGGAGAAGCGUUGCGCUUCAUAACGUUACAGGAUUCAACCAGUUACUGCUAAUUUGCUGUAAAUUAAUUUACGCUAAGCUCUCUACUUAUACAUGAGGAUCUCUACUCUCUAGCGAUAUCUCUGAUGUCCACGACUGUUCGCAGCCAUGGUGGACGAGUUUGAAAGUCUGCAACCUCUUCCGCAUCUUCGCCAGGCAUUGCCCACACUUAUGCGUCCCGACCACUGUCGAAAGCUCACCCUCAUUGAAGCAUCAAAUCCUUGGAUAAGUCUCUGUUGAGCAUUGUGACUCUGCAGUUCUGCUAUUGAUGGAAACGAAGAUUGGUGCCUUGAUGAUUCGAGAACUGGAGGAUCAAUUUUUACCCAUUUUACGAAAAUGUCUCAGUAUGAAAGAAUUGAAAAAGAUUCAUGCCCGAAUGCUUAGGUACUCUCUAUCACAAAGUAACUUCCUAGUGACAAAGAUGGUCGAUUUUUGUAAUGUCAAAGGUGAAAUAGAAUAUGCUUAUCUGUUGUUCAAGCAAGUAGUGGAGCCGAAUAUAUUUCUCUAUAACGCAUUGAUAAGAGCUUAUACCAAUAACCACUUUCAUGAAAAAGCUCUCAUCAUUUACAAGCAAAUGACCAGGGGCCGACAGAGGAAAAAUACUGUUUUUCCAGACAGGUUCACAUUCCCCAUUUUAAUAAAAGCUUGUGCAGGGCUCCUACUUCUCGAUCUUGGUAAGCAGAUCCAUGGACAUGUCUUCAAAUGUGGUUUAGCUUUGAAUUCUGUGAUAGAAAACUCACUUAUGGAUAUGUAUACAAAAUGUGCUAGUAUGUCUAAUGCUCACAGAGUAUUCGAGAAAAUGACAGAGAGAGAUACAAUCUCGUGGAACACUAUUAUUUCAGGAUAUGCCAGAUUAGGACAGCUGAAAAGGGCAAGGUCGAUCUUUGAUUCCAUGGCAGAUAAGACAAUUAUCUCUUGGACAACGUUGAUUUCUGGGUACACCUGGAUUGGCUGCUAUACUGAUGCAUUGGAUGUUUUCCGUCAGAUGCAGUUUGUAGGCAUAAAACCUGAUGAGAUCAGCAUUGUUUCCAUUUUGCCAGCUUGUGCACAGCUUGGAGCUCUGGAGCUGGGGAAAUGGAUUCAUGCUUAUGCCGACAAAAAUGGGCUUUUGAAGAACACUUUCAUAUGUAAUGCUCUGAUUGAAAUGUAUGCAAAAUGUGGAAGCAUAGAUGAAGCUUCCCAUUUGUUUUCUAAGAUGUCCUACAGAGAUGUGAUAUCUUGGAGUACAAUGAUUGGAGGGCUUGCUAAUCAUGGGAAGGCUCUUGAAGCAAUUGAACUGUUUGCAGAAAUGAAAAGAGAUCAAGUAGCACCAAACAGUAUUACCUUUCUAGGCCUUUUAUCUGCUUGCGCCCAUGCUGGCUUCCUAACUGAAGGAUUGUGGUACUUUGAUUCAAUGAGAAUGGAUUAUCAUAUUGAUCCAGGAGUUGAACAUUAUGGAUGUAUGGUGGAUCUUCUUGGUCGUUCUGGAUCCCUUGAUCAGGCCCUUGAGUUCAUCAAGAAAAUGUCAGUUGCACCAGAUUCAACCAUUUGGGGAUCUUUACUCAGUUCUUGCAGAACUCAUGGCAAUCUUGAGAUUGCUGUGAUUGCAAUGGAGAACCUUAUAGUACUUGAACCGGAUGAUCCAGGGAACUAUGUCCUACUUUCAAAUAUUUAUGCAGAGUUGGGGAGGUGGGAUGAUGUCUCAAGGAUGCGCAAGCUUAUAAGAAAUAGGAGAACGAAGAAACCCCCUGGGUGUAGCCUAAUUGAAGUCAACAAUGUAGUUCAAGAAUUUAUAGCAGGGGAUCAUUCAAAACCAUUUUCACAUGAGAUCAUGGGGAUACUAAAACUGCUGGCCAUACAGCAGAGCAGCAGCAUUACUGAAACUGAAACACUGACAGAGGGCAUUGCAAACCUGUGAAUUUUCCAAAUAAAGAAAAACUUGCAAUACUAUUUCUUACGAGCAGGCUGGUUUCCUCAAUAAGGGACUAGUGGGGGAUGGACUACCAAAAUUGUUCUCCCUUCCUUCCAUUCUCUCAAGAGAUUAUCCUGGUAGAACUCAUAGGAGGAGAAAGAUUCCACCUGCAAAAAAUGCAGUACGUAUUGCAGAUAUAAUGCAGAGAAAUAUGAGAUGUUGAAUUGAUACAGCUAAUAAGCCAAUCUUUUUUUCCCUCUUUUCUCAUCUGUCUUUUUGUACACAUUGACACAGUUGCAUUAGAAACCAAGAAUUAUUUGGCUGAGAGAAGGGCAUAUAUAUGAUACGUGAUGUUCUUUGCAGUUUGGGCUAAACUCAGCAAAUUUAAAUGCUCAAGAUUGGAUCCAAUGGAUCUAAAGGAGCAUGCUGCUAGCAAAGGACGGUAGCUACUUGUAUAUUGUUCCUUCUAUACUCAAGAAAAGCAAUGUACAGAAAUCCAUAAAUCAACCUAUUUACAAGCUCCAUAAUCCUGUCACCAUUAUGAGCAUCAUAUCUUGGGAACUGGAAAAGAACUGGUGCCAUGUACGACGGAAGUAGACAAAAUGUCUUGGCAGUCAUGAUCAACUUCAGAGGUACAAUUCUUUACUUGAAAAUUUUUAGCAAGCUAAAGAUUUGCACCUAUUUUUUGCAUUAUUACCUCUACAGAUGCAAGAUAUCAGAGAACAACAACUUUGGCAAUCUUUGACCUCGUAAAUUAGAGCAAGCACAUCCUUGAAAGUAUGCUUAUGUAUAAAAGCACAAACUAUGCAUGCAUAUAUGUCUGCUUUGCUUAAUUCUCAUUUCAAGCAAACUCUUGGAGCAAUGCAAUGAUGAGGGACUAUUCUGCAAUCCUGCAACAUGUAGAGCCUGUGUGGGGAAGUUGAUGCUUUCUGUCUAACAGGGGUCCCAUUAAUUCAUACAAGGAUGUAUGACCCCACAAAGAAGCGUCCUUUAUCAAUUGCAGUUUGACAAGAAGCCCUAUGCAUCAACCAUGUAGCUGGUCUAGGCCUCCAAAUUAGAGAUAUGAGUAUAUGACCAAUCCAACGGAUGCUGCAUCUUAUGUAGUACUCAAAAUUACCUCAUGAAUCAAUCCACAUGUCAAAACAACCAAGAGAGCCACAAGGGUUUCUUGAUGUUCUCCGAAGUCCAUGUCAGCUCAUAUGGCAUCAUUGUAUUGCGCCUCACUUCUCCUAUGUAUUAGGAUGCAACCUUAUAAUAGACAUUUCUAUUGGCUUUACUUUGAAAUUUGAUCAACCCCCACUCCUCAAUAAAUAAAGCCGUAAAAACAACUUUAUAGUUUA